AUGAGCCAUUCAUAUUUCACGCCGUCGGUUGUUCAUGGAUAUGGUACCCCGCACACAACUGGUAUGUCUUUCACUCUUUCGAUGUCGAAUGAACCUGCAACUCCGACUUUUGUCCCGGAGACUCAACUUUCCGACCGUGAAUCCCCAAUUGAGGUGGUCAAUUUAGAAAAGACGAUUUCAAAUGCCGAGGGUACAAGAAAGCGUUCAAGUUGGACAAAGGUUGAAGAUGAGGUCCUAGCGAGAAGUUUUGUCACUAUCAGUGAUGAUCCAAUAAUCGACAAUGAUCAAAAGGCGGAUGCUUUUUGGGAACGGGUUGCAAGCUACUACAAUGAGAAUCUUCCCCUAGGUUCAAACACCAGAAGUGCAAAUGUUAUACGGUCACAUUGGCACAAUACAAUCCAAAAGAAGGUAUAUCGAUUCAACGCAAAUUACAAUAGUAUUUAUAGUUCAUAUCGAAGUGGUCACAAUGAUGAAGAUAUAUUGAGGUUUGCGUACGAAAAAUAUCUAUCCAAAAAUAAUGGUGUUACAUUCAAUCUCGAACAUGUGUGGAGAAUUGUCAAAGACCGUCCAAUGUUUACUCCACAGUCCGCUGAUCACUUUGUGGCCACAAAGAAGACGAGGACCUCAGAGUCGGGAGCAAGCAACACCUCCUCCAACUAA